ACGGAGAGGAAAAUCAACUAAUUCCAGACAACUGCAACCAUUAAUUUCCCGGGCGAAAGGAAGAUGAAAUGCCGACGGCACGCCACCGAUUUCCGCCAACUCUGAUCCUGCCUAAUUUCCUUCUGGUUCUUCCUUUUCUAUUUGGUGGAUAUAUAUCGGAGGAUCAAAUCAAACUGAGACUGAAAUUGUUAAAUAUAUGAAGUUUUUGUUGGAUUUCGUAUCAUGUUGUGGGCGACCGGUUACACUUUCGGAAGAUUCUAGAAGGAGAGAGGCGGAGGUGGCAAUUGUGGGGGAGGAGAGGUCGUCAGAGGCGGAGGCGAGGAGGCACAGGAGGAGGAAGCGGGUGAGGUUGGGCCAUCAGGCUUCCGGCGCCGUGACUCAGUGGAAGCCGUCACUGUGUGCGAUUUCGGAGGACAAGAUCGUGAUGGAGGAAGGUGAGAAAUCGCUGCUGGAAAUGAAGGUGGAGAGGGUGGCGAAGAGUAAGAGCGGUGGUGGGUCGCAAUCCAAAGUUCAUGUGCGUAGCUACCACCGCGAUGGCUACGGGCGAAAUUCUCUGCAAACAAUUAUCCCAGCAUUCUCACCAGCGCCCUUCAUGUUCUAAUGCUUCAAGAGUGUAAAUAACGUCGUUUUAUGUACAUAUUGAAUAAUAAUACCCUGGGAGAGAUUGAAUUCCUUGUUUAUCAAAUUUAUUUGUUUUGCUUAUAAGAAAGUUUGAAAUAUAUGAUGUGCAGAAUCGUUGUCAAAACUAUAUUGUAUUGUUAAAAAUAGGUCAUUUAUGUCAAUUUUCUUUUAUGUUGAUUGAAAUAGACAUAUAUCGUUCAU